AUGAGCAGCGUCAACGAGCCGACGGAUUUUAGCUUCAAAUCGAGCAAGCUCGUGAUCCUGAAGGAUUUAAAGGCGAAGCUGAAGGGCUACCUGUUCACCGGCGAUUACAUCAGACAUCCCGUCUUGUACGAGCUGAGCCACAAGUACGGUCUGUCCGACAAUGUGUCCGACCAUCCGCUGCCCAAUCAGCUCGAGGAGAUCAAGGAAGCGAUCCGGCGCGAGAUCCGCAAAGAGCUCAAAAUUAAGGAGGGCGCCGAAAAGCUGCGUGAAGUCGCCACUGACCGGCGCUCGCUUUCCGAUGUCGCUUCGAUCGUGAAGAAAAGCAACAACAAGCUGGCCGAGCUGAAGUCCGAGCUGCUCGAGCUGGAAAGCCAAAUCAUCCUCACGCAGGGCAACAGCGUCAGCAACAAUGGCGGCCACGAUCCGAUUCUAUCCACCGUGAUCCCAAGUGGCCCCGAGCUGACCGCGAACGACAAGCUGCUCAUUUCGCUCGAAAAGCAGCUUAGCAUCGAGACAAAGGUGAAGAACGGCGCCGAAAACAUGAUCCAAUCGAUCUCGAGCGGUCACCACGGUCGCGACAAAAAGCUGCUGGCCGAGGCGCAUCAGAUGCUGGCGGACUCGAAGGCCAAGAUCGAGUACCUGCGGCUCAAGAUCCUUAAGGUUCGCCAGAACCAGCUGAGCAGCAAGGGUUCGGAAGAGAACGGUGGCGAGUCUGCAAACGCAACCAAACAACCUCAGGAGCUGGAGGCGUCGUUAGACGAUCGUAUCGAAGAGCUCCGUCACAGGCUGCGAAUCGAAGCGGCCGUUGUUGACGGUGCGAAGAACGUCAUCCGCACGUUGCAGAGUACAAAGACAAUAGACAAGAAGGCGCUGCAAGAGGCUCAAGGUCGUCUGUCGGAGUCAUCCCGCAAGCUGGAUCUGCUUCGGAAAGCCCUCGAUCUGCGACGAUUAGAACUACCACCCGAUUGCCCCACGGCACAGCAGCUAAAAGCGGAGCUACAAAACGUCCAAGCAUCCAGCCCGGGACCGGUUCAGUACACGAUGCGCAACUCCUUCCGUGGCAGUGCCCAAGGCCGACCGGCUCAAAGCCAGCAGUCCUUCAACCGAUGUGCGGCCGUCACCGGCAAGCUGGAGGUGCGCCUGAUGGGCUGCCAGGACCUGCUAGAGGACGUCCCUGGAAGAUCGCGACGUGACAAAGACGCCGGCUCAUCCAGCCCGGGUGAUUUGAAGAGCUUCGUGAAGGGUGUCACCAGCCGCAGCUCGUCGAAAAGUUACAGCGUAAAGGACGAAACGUCCUCCGAGAUUAUGGCGGUGAUCAAGCUCGACAACACGACCGUCGGCCAAACGUCCUGGCGACCCUGCUCACAGCAGGCCUGGGACCAGCGCUUCAGCAUCGAUCUCGACCGAUCGCGCGAGCUGGAGAUCGGCGUUUACUGGCGCGACUGGCGGUCACUGUGCGCGGUCAAGUUCCUGCGCCUGGAGGAGUUCAUCGACGACAUCCGGCACGGGAUGGCGCUGCAGCUCGAACCGCAGGGUGUCCUUUUCGCCGAGAUCAAGUUCCUCAAUCCGAUGAUCUCGCGCAAACCGAAGCUCCAGCGUCAACGGAUGAUUUUCAACAAGCAGCAGGUGAAGAACAUUCCGCGCGCCAAACAGAUGAACAUCAACGUCGCCACGUGGGGUCGGUUGUUGAAGCGCAACACGACGAGCAGCAGCACACCGUCAACGUCCGGGCCGGGAUCGCUUGCGGCCACACCAUCGUCCGGUACGCCCACGACAACGUCGGCGAUCGUUGCGAACCAAUCGUCCUCGGCGACGACUCCAUCGACGCCCGGUUCGAUCGCGCUACCGUACGAUCCGAUGCUACAGGACGAUCCGGUGGAGACGCUUGGUGAAUCUGCCGACCACAACGUCAUCGGUCUUGGAGGUGGUCGUCCGUUGGGUAUCCACGGGAUCAGUACGCUACCGGAAAGUCCAUCGUCCCAUUCGCUGCAGAUCCAAGGUACACCGGCAAGCGCCAUGGCCGGUGGGCGGCCUCUGCAACAUCCACCUCAGUCGAUCAGCACACCGUCGAGCUUCCGGCAGAAGAAGCAACCGAUGCCAUCGCCGCGGCAGGCAACACCACCAAAAAUUGAUCCCGAGUUGGAGUAUGCAUUAAGCAAGUUCGAUUUCCUUCACCAGCACGAUAGUCUAAGUGGUGUUAGUAGUAUGUACGAUAAACAGCAGCUCCAGCCAACGCACGUGGAUCCGGAAGAUGCGCCAACACCGGACAGUGGCGAGCCGAACAAUUGUGAUAGCUUCCGGGCGGAUGAAGACGUUCCGCCACUUCCGGUGACACCGUUACCGCUCGCCCAGCCCGGUCCCGCAGUAUUACAGAAGUCUCUCUCCGGAGACCUGCUCCGGCCGGUGUUGUCGAUGCCACCGCCCAUCCUGUACGGUGGGUACAAUCGGGACAGCUACUACAGCACCGUGUCCUCCACGGGUAGCCCCAUCGUCGAGGAACCACCAUCGCCGGCUCCGGGCCAAUCGACACCGUACGGUCCGUUUCCGGGAGACGACGUUUCGUACGACGACAUCAUUGAGAUCCUUCCGUUCGAUCAGCUCACGAUCGGUAGCAAUGUGGUGCCGCCACCACUGCCACCUCAUCUUCAUCACACGUCGGCGAUGGCCGUCCAACAGUCCUUGGCCGCUGCGGCCGCCCUACAAGCCCAACAACACCAACUAUACCAACAGCAGCAGCAGCAGCAACAACAACAGCUUCUCCUGCAGCAACAUCAACAGCUGCCUCAAGCACCACCCAUGCUGCAACAACACGCCGGUCAAAGUACGAGUUCCGCCGGCCUGCCGGAAGCUGGAGCAAUGGCAGCCGGAGCCGUAGGACCACCGGUGAACCGACGCCCUGGUGGACCGGCCGCUCGUACCCUCCAGUAUCGGGACAGCGCGUACGAAAGCCGCCGACAAUCGCAAGCUCAAGCCGGUGCCGGCAUGUGCAUGGACAGCUUCCGGUUGCUGAGCGUCCUCGGACGGGGCCACUUCGGUAAGGUGAUACUGGCGCAGUACAAAAACACCGGCGAGUACUUCGCCAUCAAGGCGCUCAAAAAGGGCGACAUUAUUGCACGCGACGAGGUCGAAUCGCUGCUGAGCGAGAAGCGCAUCUUCGAGGUCGCGAACACGAUGCGCCAUCCAUUCCUGGUGAAUCUGUUCUCCUGCUUCCAGACUGAGCAACACGUCUGCUUUGUGAUGGAAUACGCCGCCGGAGGUGACCUCAUGAUGCACAUCCACACGGACGUGUUUUCGGAACCACGUGCCGUCUUCUACGCCGCCUGUGUCGUCCUCGGGCUGCAGUACCUACACGAGAGCAAGAUCAUCUACCGCGAUCUGAAGCUCGACAAUCUUCUGCUGGAUACGGAAGGUUACGUGAAAAUUGCCGACUUUGGGCUGUGCAAGGAGGGCAUGGGAUUCGGUGAUCGUACGGGUACGUUUUGUGGGACGCCCGAAUUCCUGGCACCGGAAGUGCUCACCGAGACGUCGUACACGCGUGCCGUCGAUUGGUGGGGCUUGGGUGUGCUGAUCUUCGAGAUGCUGGUCGGAGAGUCACCGUUCCCGGGCGAUGACGAGGAGGAAGUAUUCGACUCGAUCGUGAACGACGAAGUGCGCUACCCGCGGUUCCUUUCGCUGGAAGCGAUCGCUAUCAUGAGAAGACUGCUGCGAAAGAACCCCGAACGUCGGCUGGGAUCGUCCGAGCGGGACGCGGAAGACGUCAAGCGGCAAGCCUUCUUCCGCAACAUCGUCUGGGAUGAUCUACUGCUCAGGAAGGUGAAACCACCGUUUGUGCCAACGAUCCGCUCACCGGAGGACGUGUCCAACUUUGACGAGGAGUUUACGUCGGAAAAACCAGCCCUAACACCUCCGAAGGAUCCGCGUGUGCUCACCGAAACCGAGCAGACGUACUUCAAGGACUUCACGUACAUGGCCGACUGGUGUUGAACCACGCCCCUGGACCCGGAAGCAGCCGCUAGAAGGGCGUACAUGGCUCAUGCAGAGGAAUGGCAACUCUAUUAAUUGUUACUAGCUUGUAAGCGAACGCGCAGAGACGCAUGGUUGCGAGAUUUGAAGGCGCUCCCGUGUGAGUCCUUUGCAAAAGUGCAGUUAACACUUCUCUGCACUUUCGGCAGACAGCGGGACUGCUAGCGAUAACGUGUGGAAAACGCGCUGAUGACACCACAUCGGGGAGAGGAUUUUCUUUUUCCGUUGGCCGCGGUGGAGAUGAAGGUGUGUGUGUGUGUGUGCCUUUAAUCGAAUUAACGAGUCACAAUUUGCUGUUUCUGUUAAGAUUAGAUAGGAGCUAGGAAGAGAACGCGGCCGAGAUAUGGCAGCGCGCUAACGGUGACAAGCAUUGUAGGACAGAUAAAAUCUAACCCCCCACACACACACAUACACUCACACACACACAGACACAUCAACGGGCACCUCGUUAGAUAAGAGAUAACAUUACGUGUGCGUAGCGGAAAGGGCGGCAGUAAAGAGAAGAAGCCAAAAGAUGGAGAAAACCGAAGAUCAGCCCUUUUUUUUUUACUCGCUGGUCGCGCUAGUUUUGUUUUGUAUUCUGUAUACUGUUUUAAGUCGUAGUAUGAUAAUUCAACCGUAUACACUCACCACGUCCCCCACACACACGCGCGCGCGCUGGUGAACGGUAUUGUUUUGCAUAUUUUAGUGCAUAUGGAAGCACUGCGGCAGAUGAUAAGCCGAUGAGAUGUAGGAUAUUAACCGGGAGUGGUGGGAAUUAAUCGCGCUUUGUAGCGAAUUAAUUUGCGUCACGAGGAAGUUCCAUUUUUUGUAAGGUUUUUUUUUCGACUUUCCCAGCGCGUUUCUAUUUCCAGUGUGCCCGACAGUGUCCCUCUCGGUGGCACACGAAAGCGAAUGUUCGCCCUUUUCCUUCCCCACUGUUACUUACUUUUCUUUUCCUCUCUUCCAGUGUGUCUUCACUGGCACCGGUAAAAGAAAGCCUUUUUCACGCGUACCCCUUGCAAAUCGAAGCAAUUUUGAAGAUUAGGUGAGGCGUUAAACUACUUCUGAAAUUAUCCAUGAUCGAGAGGGGAGAAAAACGCAAUGAGCAAAGUGUUGAGCAGCGGUUAGGGUGGUUUAAUGCAAGUUAAAAAAAAAAGCAGCUAGGUUUUGUAAGUAGGAUAAAUUUGUUACGACGUUUUGCGUUACGAUCAAAAGAUAUGGGUGGCGUUACGUUCUGCUGCCGCGAAUAUACUCUCCCCUGCGUGGCCGGGAACGAUACAAACGGAAGACGGAGGCGUCGCAAAACCAUGCUACGAGGGACGUGCAGCGAAGAGGCCACGUGGUGUGUUAGUUUUUAAUCGCAAAGAAGUUUUGCUGUAUUUAAUCAUUCGUGCUUUGCGCGCCCUUGCGGUUUUAAAAGAAGAGAAAAAAAAACAUAAUCCGGAAAUGGAUGCGAAACGAAACGGAAAGGCGACGAGUUAUGUGCACGUGCGCGCGCGCGCACACAUCCAUCCGUAUUUUGAUGAACAAACCCGCGUGAUUAGUUAUCAGAAUACACUUGUACAAUGGUUAUUUAAACUCUACAAAAAAAAGGCAGACA